ACAGUUGACUUCACACAGAUCGAAUCAACUUCAUAGUUGUUACGUCAUGGCUGAGAUUAGUACAUCAUCGGAUGACGUAACAAAGGCAUCAACAGAAGCUGUUGUGACGUUCCAAUCCUUAGGCGUCGUCGAUGUUUUGUGCGAAACAUGCGACAAACUGGGAUGGAAGAAGCCAUCGAAGAUACAAGAAGAGGCGAUACCUGUUGCGUUACAGGGAAACGAUGUGAUCGGGCUGGCGGAGACCGGAUCUGGGAAAACGGGAGCUUUUUGCAUUCCUGUGUUACAAGCUUUGUUGGAGAAUCCACAGCGGCUGUUUGCAUUGGUGUUGACGCCUACAAGGGAAUUGGCGUUUCAAAUUGAGGAACAAUUUAAAGCAUUGGGUUCGGCAAUUGGUAUCAAAACAUGCGUUGUAGUUGGGGGAGUUGACAUGAUGGGUCAACAAAUUAUAUUGGCAAAGAAACCUCAUGUGGUCGUGGCAACCCCUGGUAGGCUUGUUGACCAUCUUGAAAAGACGAAAGGCUUCACGUUGCGUUCGAUCAAGUUUCUAGUGUUAGAUGAAGCUGACAGGAUUCUUAAUAUGGACUUUGAAAGCGAACUUGACACAAUACUAAAAGUUAUCCCGCGCGAACGAAGAACUUUCUUGUUUUCUGCCACGAUGACGGGGAAAGUGAAAAAGUUGCAACGAGCUGCAUUGACCAAACCUGUGAAAUGUGCAGUGAAUAACAAAUAUCACACCGUGGAUAAACUGUUCCAAUAUUAUCUGUUCCUUCCAUCCAAGGAUAAAGAUUGUUAUCUUGCAGCUGUCGUGAAUGAACUGGCGGGCAACGCGAUGAUCAUAUUCUGUGGUACAUGCGCAAACACACAACGCACAGCGCUAAUAUUGCGCAAUCUCGGAAUAUCCGCCGUGCCACUCCAUGGGCAAAUGUCGCAAGCCAAGAGGUUGGGGGCUUUGAAUAAAUUUAAGAGCGCGACAAAGUCCAUCCUCGUGGCGACCGAUGUUGCGAGCAGGGGGCUUGACAUCCCUCAUGUGGACGUUGUCAUCAACAUGGACGUACCCGCUCGUUCUAAAGACUACAUACAUCGGGUUGGACGAACCGCUCGUGCGGGAAGGUUCGGGAAGUCCGUCACAUUUGUAACGCAAUAUGAUGUUGAAUUGUAUCAGAGAAUCGAGGAAUUGAUCGGGAAGAAACUCCCGGAGUACGAGAUGGAGCAUAAUGAGGUGAAAGUUUUACAAGAGCGAGUUGCUGAAGCGCAACGAUUGGCGAGGUUGGAGAUGAAGGAGCGGGGAUCAAAGAAGAGGGGAGCGGUUGCGAGUGACUCUGAGGAGCUUGCGGAUCAAAACAUCGGGAAACAUAAAAUUUACGCAAAGAAAGGAAAAAAGAUGAAGAGAAAAUAAAUUGUUGCAGAAUAAAACGUUUUAUUUUCAAAACUUGAUUUAGGAGGAAAAUAAAAUUGAGUCAUGUGAGGUUGUUGUAUAGUUCAUAUUGUUGAGCUGUGUCUGGAUCCACAGUGCAAUGGGCCAUGAAUAACAGGUUCUGGAUCUUAUUUUUAAUAACCCGUUUAAGAUGAAUGUUGUUUAUCUGUUGUAGUUCAUUCGUGACGUAUUCACCAAACACUUUGUCUGUGUCUGAUGUCAUAAUAGUCUUUGCGACAUCAUUAGAAUGAGUGGUGACAUCAUCCGGUUGAUUGAUGACAUCAGUAUUUUUAGUUGUGACAUCAUCAUGGAUUGUGACAUCAUCAUGAAUUGUGACAUCAUCAUUCAAUUUUCUUACUUUAACCAUCGGGGCAACGUAAUCAUUCACUCUCUUGUCCCCACCCGGUGGUUGGUUGGCUUGGCAACCAUGGUCGGUCAACCAUGGUACGGCUCGUUUGGAGCAUGUGGCGACAUCGAGUGUUGGGCCAUCCAUGAUAGUUUGUUGAAAGUCUAACAACGGCUCGUCGCUGCCCUCGGUGGUGGGCGAGGACACCUGGUGGUGAGAAUGUGAGGUUCAAGAUUUGUAAACAUAGCAUGUGUCUUGUAUAUAUGUUUGUGGUGCUGUUUAAUAUUCUGCUUGAUAUAUUGUUCCAAGCUAUUUACAAUCAGUCAUUAUUAUAUUGCAUGCUAUACAGUUGUUACACAAAUUGAAUUUUUGUUGAUACCAAACAUCUCACAUUUUUCAUCACCGAACUUUUGAUUGAAGGUUUGAUCGCCCUAAAAGUUGAAAACUGAUUCAAAAAAUUCAAAGAAUCAAAAUAAAUCCAGUUGCUGACGCCG